GAGUUUACACGGUGCGCAAUCCGAUUUCGAGUCCGAUCAUUGUUGCUAUGGCAUCAUUAUUUCCUUCAUGAUCAUCAGGGGCACUGUCUUCGCCACUCAAGCGCUGGCAUUGAGGGAGAACUUAGAGGGCUAAAGAGGCGGACGCAGGGUUUUUCUGCUGUUGAAAUAUAGAAUCUUUUUCACAUGAGAGAAGUAUAUGCACUUUGAUCUUGGGAAUGACUUCUCUAGUUGGACAAAUACUUCUGCCCUCUGACCAUGGGCGCAAGGUGUGGGAAGAUCCAUCUUUCAUUAAGUGGAAAAAGAGAGAUGCUCAUGUUUCAUUGCGUUGCCAUGAUACAGUUGAAGGAUCUUUGAAAUACUGGUAUGAACGCAGCAAGGUAGAGUUGUCUGUUUCUAGUUCAGCUGCGUGGAAUGAUGAUGCUGUUUCCAGUGCUCUUGAUUCCGCUUGUUAUUGGGUCAAAGGUUUGCCUUUUGUGGAGUCUUUGAGUGGCUAUUGGAAAUUUCUCUUGGCACCAAGUCCUACAAGUGUUCCUACAAACUUCUACGACAAUGCUUUUGAGGACUCCAAUUGGGAAACAUUGCCAGUUCCUUCGAAUUGGCAGAUGCAUGGUUUUGAUCGACCCAUUUAUACCAAUGUUGUGUAUCCCUUUCCACUUAAUCCACCACAUGUUCCUGAGGACAAUCCCACUGGCUGUUACAGGAAAUACUUCCGUAUUCCAAAAGAAUGGAAGGGUCGUCGCGUCUUGCUGCACUUCGAGGCUGUUGAUUCUGCUUUCCAUGCCUGGGUGAAUGGGGUACCUAUUGGGUAUAGUCAGGACAGCAGGCUUCCUGCUGAGUUCGAAAUCACUGAUUACUGCCACCCCUGUGAUUCGGUCAAGGAAAAUGUAUUGGCUGUUCAAGUGUAUAGAUGGAGUGAUGGUUCGUACCUAGAAGAUCAAGAUCAUUGGUGGUUGUCUGGUAUUCAUCGAGAUGUGCUUCUUCUAGCAAAGCCAGAGGUGUUCAUCACCGAUUAUUUUUUUAUGGCAAGCUUGGGUGACAAAUUUUCAUAUGCAGAUAUUCAGAUUGAAGUAAAAAUUGAUGUUUUUAGGGAAACCUCUGAAUAUGAUGUGCUUGCCAAGUACUCCAUAGAAGCUAUGCUAUAUGAUACUGCAAGGUGGUAUGAAUGUGAUGGCGAUAUGGACCCGCAUUCUCUCUGUGUUGCUCAUUUGGAGCUCAAUCCAUCUCCCAGUGCAAGUCUUGGGUUUCAUGGAUAUGUUCUUGUCGGAAAACUAGAAAAGCCCAAACUCUGGUCUGCAGAACAUCCAAACUUAUAUACCCUUGUUGUUGUCCUCAAAGACACUUCCGGGAAACUUGUUGACUGUGAAUCAUGCCAAGUAGGCAUAAGACAAAUAUCACAAGCUCCAAAACAACUACUCGUAAAUGGGCAUCCAGUUGUAAUACGAGGUGUCAAUAGACAUGAACAUCAUCCACGUGUAGGGAAGACCAAUUUGGAGUCCUGCAUGGUUAAGGAUUUGGUUUUGAUGAAGCAAAACAAUAUUAAUGCCGUGAGAAACAGCCAUUACCCCCAACAUCCACGAUGGUAUGAGUUGUGCGACUUAUUUGGUCUCUACAUGAUAGAUGAAGCGAAUAUUGAAACGCACGGUUUUGAUCUGUCUCGCCAUUUCAAGCAUCCUACUUUGGAACCAAGUUGGGCCUGUUCUAUGUUGGAUCGUGUCAUAGGCAUGGUGGAGAGGGACAAAAAUCAUGCAUGCAUUAUUUCAUGGUCUUUGGGAAACGAAGCCGGAUAUGGACCUAAUCAUUCUGCUUUAGCUGGCUGGGUUAGAGGGAAGGACCCUUCGAGGUUGUUACAUUAUGAAGGUGGCGGAUCAAGAACCUCAUCAACAGAUAUAGUGUGCCCCAUGUACAUGCGUGUUUGGGACAUAGUGAAGAUAGCUAAGGAUCCAACUGAAACCAGGCCUCUGAUUUUGUGCGAGUAUUCUCAUGCAAUGGGGAACAGUAGUGGAAACAUACAUGAAUAUUGGGGAGCAAUAAAUAGUACAUUCGGUCUCCAAGGAGGUUUUAUUUGGGAUUGGGUUGAUCAGGGAAUACUGAAGGAGGGAGCUGAUGGUAACAAACACUGGGCCUUUGGAGGAGACUUUGGAGACAUCCCUAAUGAUUUGAACUUUUGUUUGAACGGCCUAACAUGGCCAGAUCGAACACCUCAUCCUGCACUAAAUGAAGUUAAGUAUGUAUAUCAACCGAUAAAGGUUUCAUUUGGGAAAAACAUCAUCAAGAUAUCUAACAUGCAUUUUUUCGAAACUACACGAGCAAUGGAGUUUAGUUGGGUUCUUCAUGGAGAUGGAUGCAGCCUGGGAUCUGGAGUGCUUUCUCUUCCAGUCAUAGAACCCCAAAGCAGCUAUGAUAUUGAAUGGGAAUCGUCUCCAUGGCAUCAUCUUUCAGCAUCAUUUUCAGCCACGGAAGCAUUUUUAACCAUAACUGCAAAGCUUAUGACAUCCACAAGGUGGUCUGAAGCUGGUCAUGUCAUUUCUUCUACUCAAAUUCCUUUGCCUGCCAAAGGCAAAUCCCUUCCUCAUGUUAUCAAAAUGAAUGAAAAUUCUACCUUGGUUGGGGAAUGUGUUGGAGACACUAUUACAGUCAGCAAGGAGAAUGUUUGGGAGAUAAAGUUCAACACAAAAACUGGAGCAAUCGAGAGUUGGAAGGUUGAAGGUUCUCCAGUGAUGCAUAAGGGUAUUUUUCCAUGCUUUUGGCGAGCGCCUACUGAUAACGAUAAGGGGGGAGGCUCAAAUAGCUAUGCUUCCAGGUGGAAGGCUGCCUACCUUGAUAACAUGGUAUUUCAUACAGAAAGCUGCUCCAUACAGAAGCAGAAGGUAACAGCUCAUGUUGUACCAAUCAAGGUACUCUUCUUGGGUCUCCCCAAAGAACUGGAACAUCAUCUAUCACAAUCUGACAGUUCAGAUGGUGGUGUAAAUGAUAAAAGUUCCAUCAUUUGCAAGGUGGAAGUGAAUUACUGGAUAUAUGAAUCUGGGGAUGUGAUCAUUGAGUGUAAUGUAGACUUGAGGACUGACCUUCCACCUUUGCCACGUAUUGGGGUCGAAUUCCAUGUGCCGAAAUCAUUGGAUCAGAUUACAUGGUAUGGGAAAGGGCCAUUCGAAUGCUAUCCUGAUCGAAAGGAAGCGGCCCAUGUAGGGCUAUACAAACAGAAUGUGGCAGACCUGCAUGUGCCAUACAUUGUUCCUGGUGAAUCUUCAGGGAGAGCAGAUGUUAGAUGGCUGGCAUUUCAAAGCAAUGAUGGGUCUUGUGGCCUUUUUGCUUCGAUCUAUGGUGGGUCACCGCCUAUGCAAAUGAAUGCAAGUUACUACAGCACUAUAGAGCUUGACAGGGCGAUGCGCAAUGAAGAUCUUGUCAAAGGAGAUAACAUUGAGGUGCAUCUCGACCACAGGCACAUGGGUGUGGGCGGGGAUGAUAGUUGGUCCCCAUGUGUCCAUGACCAGUAUCUCAUUCCUCCGGUGCCCUACUCUUUUUCUCUAAGAUUGUGCCCUAUUAAUGCAUCUACUUCUUGCUAUGACAUUUAUAGAUCCCAACUUCCAAAAUAACUUCGUCGAGGACGAAACAAAAGUAUAACAUCUGAUGAAUCUUUGGUGGGUCAACAUUACUCUUUUUUCUCUAAAGAUUGUGCCCUAUUAAUGCUUCUACUUCUUGCUAUGACAUUUAUAGAUCCCAACUUCCAAAAUAACUUCAUCAGAGGACGAAACAAAAGUACAACAUCUGAUGAAUCUUUGGUGGGUCAACAUUAUAUGAAUAUGUAAUUAUAUUGAUGGGGCUGAAGACACGACAUGUAAUGUGCUUUUCUUUUGGUAGGUUGGUUUGGGAUUUAACCUA